AUGGGAACUUGUAUGUGCAGUGAAAGGGAACCUGACGGCGAAGAUAUUGAAGAAAAUCGAAUAAAAAUGCUUUCAGAAUAUUUAAAAGGAUUAAAAGCUUCAUAUAUUAUUACAUUAGACGACCCGAGUCAGGAAAAUUCAAUUACCAGCAGUCAGUUUUCUCAAGAACAAUCAUCAAACUAUAGUAAUUUUGAAUAUUCCGAAGAUGACACAGAUUUCGAAAUUCCCACGGGCUUGAAGAAUGGUGAAAUUUUUGUAUUAUAUGAUGGAAGCAGAUUUAGAAUAGAAAAGAAUUAUAAACAUGAUCAAUCAAAAAGAAGCCUGAAAUGUCUUUCAUGCAACUCAACUAUAUUAUCAUCACAAUUAAAAAGCCACGCAGUUUCUUCACAGCACAACAAACGUCUCACCGGGAAUUAUUAA